CCGCAGACAACAUGGCAUCUCUCAAGUCCAUUCUCAUGAGCUUCUUCGCUCUUGCUCCCCUGGUCGCCGGUCACGGGGCUAUCAUCGCCGCAGUAGGCGACGCCGGUGGUGCCGGUAUGGCCCUGGGCAUUGACCCCAGCACUCCCCGUAACGGAUCGAAACGCACCCCCUUCCAGGUGGACACCACUCGAUUCCGUGGUCAGGCGGCCAAGACGGUCGGCCAGACGAUCCAAGGUGGCGCCAACAAGGUUGAGGAGGGCACCCAAGCCAUCAUGGCCGCCACCAAGGAUUCGCUGCCCCAGGUGACGGCCGGUGGUACGGUCAAGAUGACGCUUCACCAGAUCAACCAGGACGGAGCUGGACCCUAUUCUUGCAUGAUCAACUCGGAUGGGCAGGCGACGGAGUGGACUGCGAUUAAGGUUGCGACGAAUGUCCCGGGCAGGUUCGGUCUCUCUAGAGCUACCACGACUGACUUUCCUUUGGUCGCUUCCAUCCCUGCCGACCAAAAGUGCACCGGGACCGUCGCUGGUCAAGACAACGUGUGCUUGGUGCGGUGCCAGAACCCUAUCGCCUUCGGUGGUGUCGUGCCCGUCCAGAUGGCCGGCGGUGCUGGUGCUGGAACUGGUGGUGGCAACACCGACACCACUACUCCCGUCACCAACGCGACCAGCGCUGCCAAGGCUACCAAGCGCCCUCUUGCCAGGAGGUACUUUGCCAAGCGUUCCGACAUUGAGAAGGAUUCCGUGGAGGACGUGGAGCAGUGGCAGCACUAG